UCUAGGCAGGACAGCAGCCCCCGGCCGGCCAGGGCAGGGGACCAGCUGCUUGUGGGCGUCUUUAGCUCCCUGGGGACGAGCUCCUGGGCAGCGGGGUGGUUCCCGGCCCUGGCAGCAGACCCCACGGCAAGGCCCGUCCGUGAUGGCCAGCCCCGAGGGUGCCAGCCCCCACCCAGGGAACCGGGCCAUCCGCCCGCCUGCUGGGCUCAUCUUCACCCCUGAGCUGGGUCCGUCACCCGUCGGCGACUUGUGCACGAACAUGGGACAUCUCAGCUGUGUGGAGAGCAUCACCCCAAGGAGAAGGCUGAGGCUGUCCCCAGACGCCCUGACUCCGAGCCCCUCUGGCUCCCAGCUGUUGGCUCCCACGGGAACGCCCACGCCCACAGGUGGCGCGCUGGAGCCCUCGCUCAGCCCCCAGGCCUGCAGCAGCAGCAGCAGCGAGGGCAGCUGCAGUCAGAUGCCCUCGCGUUGCAGCCUGCCCCGCUCCGCUCCAGCCCCUGGGACGGACGGCGAGAUCCUGACUGGGGAUUUUUCCAGGCCCUGCUCUCUGCCGCUGGAGGAUGGCCAGCACCGGGAUCUGCGUUACGUCAGCCCCGCCACAGUGGCUUCCCUGCUGUGCGGCCAGUUGGCUGGGGUGGUGGAGGAGUACGUGGUGGUGGACUGUCGCUAUCCCUAUGAAUAUGCGGGGGGACACAUAAAGGGCGCCCUCAAUCUGUACCGAGAAGAGCAGCUGGCGAGGUGGUUCCUGCCGGAUCCCUUGGGCACGACCCCGUGCCCCCGCAGCAGUGUCCUGAUCUUCCACUGCGAGUUCUCCUCUGAGAGAGGCCCCCGAUUGUGCCGCAGCCUGAGGAGAAUGGACCGUGAUGCCAAUCGGUACCCGGAGCUCUGGUACCCAGAGCUGUAUGUGCUACGUGGCGGCUACAAGGAAUUUUACCAGCACUUCCAGGAUCUCUGCGAGCCCCAGGGCUAUGUCCACAUGCGACACAAGGACUUCCGAGCCGAGCUUAGGAACUACCAGCGGAGGAGACAGCCUUGGAGCCUGCGCAGGAUCCGCAAAGAGCUUUUCAAGCCCCUGUGCCCAGGGUCUCCCUUCCCAUAGCAACCCAGAGCCCGUCCAUGACUCACAGCGAGGUACCCACUAGCCCCACCCCUUGCCUCUGAAAUGGAGCUGCCCCUUUCCUGUUUGGCAAGUCAGACCUUCUCCUGCUGGCUGCCUCUGGAGCUCCAGCAUCCCAGCUGUAAUUUAAGACUCUAGCCUUUAUGGUUGCAAAAAAAACCUUCAAAAUAGGGCUCUGUGAAUGAACCUGAUGCAGUGACGUCUUCCUGAGUCUGCAGGCAGCCUGAAAUGAUAGCUCUGCGAGGUUGAACAGCUCCAUUCAGCUCGUUGGAUGUUGACUUGAUGGCAGCAUUGUUCACUUUUCAUUUCGGACCCAGACACACAGGACAGAGGAGGAGUCAUCAUUUCAUGGAGACCUGCACAAUUUGCCUUUAUUGGUGUCACAUUUUAGUGCCUCGAAAGGGUGGAGUUUGGUCUGUGGGUGGAGCUUGGGUGCACAUCACUCCUUCCCCCUCCAACUGACCUCUGCCCCUGUCCCAGGGCAGUGAUUGACAGGA